GACACGAGGCUUUCUUCCCCCAAAUCUCACGCGGCGCUUUCUCUCUCUCCCGCGAGAUGGACGCCGCGGCGGCGUCCUCCUCCUCCUCCUCGUCGGCGACGAUGGCGGCGGCGGCGGCGUCGGCCGCGGAGGCGUCGUUGUCCGGCUCGCCUGCUUCUUCGAGGAACGCUCGCCAUCGGCAGCGUAAGGGGGUCCGGCUCCGGAUGCUGCGACGGCGGGGGCGGCAGCCUGUGGAGGCCGAGCGCGCCCCGGGCGAUGGGGGCGGUGGCGCCGUGCAGGAGGAUCUCGCGCUGCCUCUCGGAAUGUCCUUCGCCGCCGUCCUCGCGCAGGUUAUAAAUACAAAGAAUAUUUCAGGACAAAGAUUACAUCCUGAUUUCCUCUCCAAGAUCUGUACAUCAGCAGUCAAGGAAUCUCUGACAAAUAUAUAUGGUGACAGUUCCAACAGUUUCAUCAAAAAUUUCGAAAAAUCUUUCAGCAGCACUUUUAGGACGCUUCAUCUUGUUAAUGAAAUACCUGUGAAUGAGAGAAGUCAUAUUCCUGAAUGUUCUUUUAAACAUGAUGAUUCUGUGGCUGUGGACAGCUUGAGCUCAUCUGAUUUGCAAAAUCAGACAAACAGAAUAGAGCAUGACCUUGUGAACACAGUGGAAAGUCAACUAGUUCUCUUUGCCAGUGACAAUCAGCAGUUAACGCAUCUUCGGCAUAGCAGAUCCUCUCCUGAAGCUGAUAAUCGCAUUCUUAAUGCCAUUGAUCGCUCGAACGAACUCAAGGAAUUUGAAAUAGGGCUUACCAUGAGAAAGUUGCAACUCAAACAGUCACAGUUAGCUCUUAGUUCCCAUUCACACAUGUUAGAGAAGAUUAAGCUAUCUUUCGGAUUUCAGAAAGCUUCCUUCAAAGGAGAGAAAUUCAAGACUCGCAUGCAGGAGACAAGAGACGCAGAAAUCCUUAGGACGCUAAUAGAUUUUCUUGUUAGUGCUGUGAUAGUUAUGUCAGCGUGCUUUGGAUAUGGAACUUAUAUUUAUUCGUAUCAAAGGAUAACGGAUGUUACGUCAGCUUGUUCUGCCACAUCAAAGGGAUCUAAGUCAUGGUGGAUGCCAAAUUCAGUGUCGAACUUCAGUUCUGGGUUUCUUUUUCUCAGGUGUCAUGUAAUUGCCGUAACACGUAUGUGCUUUGGCAUACUAAUGAUCCUGGCAAUUGCUUGGUUAGCAUUUCAGCGUUCCUCAACUACUGGGUCAAAUAUGCCUAUAACAUUCAAUCUCAUUUUGCUGGGAAUUAUCUGCGGCUUUGCUGGAAGGUUUUGUACCAAUACACUAGGUGGCGAUGGAAACACUUGGCUCAUGUACUGGGAGGUUCUUUGUUCUAUCCACUUACUUGGAAAUCUUUUUCCAUCUCUUUUAUACCACGUUCUACAUGGACCUAUUUCAGUAUCUCACAGAGAGCAAGUUGUCUGGUUACCAUACUGGGUUCGCCGGUGCUUGUUUUAUGCUGCGGUGGGGCUUAUUCUUCCAGCCUUGACUGGCUUGCUCCCGUUUGCCUCUCUUUCUGACUGGAAGGAUCAUUUUGUGGAAGAGAUAAAAUCCAUUGUUAUCGGUGACAAGAUUGAAGCAUGAAAUUUCUUGGAUGUAAGGUGGCGCAAUACUUGUCCUGUUGUAUCUUUUGAAGAAGUGAAGUUUGUUCAGUUUGAGAUUAGCCUCAGAGUUUAGCUUGGUAUUGUAUGAACUCCAAAGGAGAUUAUGCUCAAGUUGGUUGCACGUAGACUGACCUGUUAGCUGCCAGCCUGCCACUUUGUUGUAGUUGGAGUGUUAUUUUAAACUUUUUUCUAGUUUUAUUCUUACUUUGUUGUAAAUACUCAAUAGCAAGAGAUGCUGUUUAUCUUUGUUGAUUGAUUGUUCCACCUGGACAUGAGGACAAUGAGUGCAGUACAAGACC